GUUCGCGGUGCCGGCAGUCGUUGACUUUUCUAGCGCCGGCCAUGGUCGAAUGGUCGGAAGCGUCAAGGCGUUGUGGGAACAAGAACAACGAUCAUUCGUGCGAUUUGUGUUCAUCACUGUCGGUGGUGAUGGUGGUGUAUUGUCGCGCUGAUCUACUUUUCUGCCCGCGACUGCCUGGAACUUACGUAGAGAAUUCCUUCUAGACAGCACUAGAGAAAGCGAUCUUCAUUGAUGCUGCGAAGUAGCGAACACUGAUCACGCGAGGUUCACGAGAACGGGCGCGGUGGUAGGGUGCGGCCGCGCGCGCGUCCCGUUGUAGUGUUCUGUGGAACGAUAGGGAAAGAGUGUUUGAUACAUGUUUUGUUAUUUUUAACAUUGGACCAGUGCCAUACCCCAAUCACGAUCGCGACCUGCGAGAAAAGGGAAAGCAUUAUACCACCCUCGUUUGUCCUGUCCGUCAAAAAAACACGAAUCCUUGUGUCGCGGUGUGUCGGCGCAGUGAGCGUUAUCGGGAAGCUUUUCGAUCAAGUAAAGAAAGCAAAGUUCCUCACAUACUGCUGGCAGCCUUCAACGAACCUCCUCCUACCAGAAGCACGUAAACAUAUGCGAUCGUGCCGCUCUAAACAACGCAAGGGUGGUUCAGUGCACGCUGCUGACUGUCGAUCGCUGAACGAAAGGACAUUGCGAGAGAUAGAGAGAUAGAGAGAGAAAGUGAGGACCACAGACAGUGAGAGUUAGUGCGUUGUGUGUAUGUUGUGAAUAGAAGAAAAGCACGAAAAGCUCGCCGAAAAUGUUGGGAAUUGUGGAAUGUCUAGUGUUUCUGUGCGUUGUUGGAUAUCUGUUCAAAAGUCAGAGGGCAAACGAUAUGGUGGACGUCAUAUCAAAUCGCAUUCAGGAGGCGUACGGGUCGAUCCGGAUGCCGAAUGUGUUUAGUUCUUCCACCGCCAACAACCGAAAUAAUAUUUACGCGCCUGUAACCCGCCAUGAAGCGGAACGGCAACAACGACAGCGCUCCAAGGACUGUGAUCAGCGGGCACGUCAGCAGAAGCUGUUUCAGAUAAAGGACACACCGAUUGCGCACGUUGAACCAGAACAGCCCAAAAUUCCGGGCUUCGCAUGCUCCACCUGUUCGCCGACAGAAAGUCGUCCUCAGUUGGACCAGAAUCAGCGGCGGCGUCAUGCGAUCGACAUUUUGCGCGUCACAACACAUGCCGGAGCACAUUAUGCUGCUACAAGGGGAACCGGUGCCUUCGAUUGGGGUGUCUGGUGUACCCAUCUGGCUCAGGCAUUACGCGUGAAGCGCUUUCCCUAUCCUCAGGUGGCCGGCGCAGUGCUACCGGAUGAGCGUGUCCUAGAGGCACUAGAGACGACAGCGAAGGAAGCAACGAACGAGAAGCGUGCCGAGCUCGGACUCGCCGAGAACGAUGAGAGCUUCGACGAGGACAGCUACUACAACGCUAUCUACCGUAAACAGGAACAACGUGCACAGAAGAUCCUGGUCGGAAUGCGCUCCAAGAUCUCCAACCUGGUGUUACGCAUUACGUCCUGGGUGUUGUACAAGCUGCUACCCUGCUUCAUGUCCGGUGUGGCUGCCCAUCCGGCGCAAGUGGAGAUGAUCAAGCGAGCGAUCGAAAAGAAUCCAGACGUUCCACUCAUCUUCCUGCCGCUGCACCGUAGCCAUCUGGAUUACAUUAUGGUUAGCUUCAUCCUGCUGAACAACGACAUCAAGUGCCCGCUGGUGGCUGGAGGAGACAACCUGCGAAUACCAGUGUUUGGGAGCAUUCUUCGGUAUGAUGGAGCGUUCUUUAUCAAGCGCAAGAUUGACCCACUGACGGGCAAAAAGGAUCACGUGUAUCGGGCAAUACUGCACACCUACCUCCAAAAAUGUUUGACCGCUGGGCACAAUGUGGAAUUUUUCAUCGAGGGAGGACGAACCAGAACGGGCAAACCGUGCAUGCCGAAGAGCGGAAUUCUGUCAGUGAUUGUUGAUGCGUACAACGAUAAAAGCAUCUCGGACGCACUGCUCGUUCCGGUGUCGAUCAACUACGAGAAGCUGGUAGAUGGAAACUUCGUGCGGGAACAGCUCGGUCAGAAGAAGAUCCCCGAAAGCUUUGCGUCCGCGGCAUCGGCCAUCAUGAAGGUACUGAAGGCACGCUACGGUUUGAUGAGGAUCGAUUUCAAUGAACCGUUUUCGCUCAGUGAGCUGGUCAAAUCGUUGCGUACGUCCGAUACUGCGCACAACUAUACACCGGAAAUGCGCCGGCUACAACACAAACCCUCGACGACCUCGCUCUUUGGAACGGAUGUGGUCCAGGAGGAGCAAGAUCAGCGACAACUGAUCGACAACAUUGCCCGGCACGUGGUGUAUGAUAGUGCGCGUGCCACUUCGGUAAUGACAACGAAUGCAUUAGCCUUUCUGCUGCUGAAUCGGUUCCGCGAUGGUGCACCGCUCUCGCUGCUGGUGGAAGCGCUCGAUGAGCUGCGGGCUGUGCUAGAAGGAACACGCGAUCUCGGUUUCACGGGAUCUUCCGAGGAUGUGAUACGGUAUGCGGCUGAUCUGCUCGGCCCUGGACUGGUGACGAAGGAGCUGCGUAAUGGCCAAACGUUCAUCAAACCAGUAACGAUGAUACCGAACGUGAUCGAACUGUCGUACUACUCGAACUGUCUACUUCCACACUUUGCCCUCGAAUCGAUCAUUGUCACUUGUGCCUGCUUCCUACGGCGUGAAGCGGAGAGAAACAAGGAAGGAGAUGCGGAAGACGUAACGAUUGGACACAAUGCGUUAUUGCAACUGUGUAUCGAGUUCGCCGAGCUGCUGAUGUACGAGUUUAUCCUAUGUAAACCGUGCCAAAAGCUAGAGAACGUGCUGGAAAACUCGCUCGAAGAGCUGUGCACCCGCAACAUACUGAGCCAACUGAAGCAGGAGCUGACCGAGGAUCAGCAGCGUGCACAACGGUUGUACCAGGCGAUGGAUGGUCUGGAUGUGGACGAUGAGCAGGAUGAUUUCUUUGACGAGAAGCCAUCGUUCGAGGAUGCCACCGAACGCGUACAAUUCCCACCGGAAAAGCAUUGCGAUCGCAUCGUACUACAAUCGGUGCUCGCACCCUUCACUCACACCUACCGGGCAGUUGCAGCAACACUGAAUCACCUGCUUGGGGACAAUGCCAUGGUUGAAUCGGAUUUCAUUCGGCUGUGCAUUAAAGAGAUUAGUGCACGGGUCGAAGCAGGCGAUUGCAAGUAUGGUGAAAGCAUAUCGACCGAUACGGUGCGAAACUGUCUGAAAGUGUUCGAGAAGCGAUCGUACAUCGAAACUACGAAUAAGAAUGGUGUUCGGUUGGUAACGUUACUGCCACCGUACGAUUCGGCACCCGAAAUCCAAAGCAUACUGGAGCAGGUGGAGACAUUUGUGCCCGUGUAAUACGCACCAAGGGAAGAAGGACGGAGGUAUGGCUAGAAAGGCGAUGCUUGGCUUACUGAGCGUCGAGCAGUGCAGCGGGAUUGAUGUGGCGUGUUGCGUUACUAUAGUUGUUCACCUGAAACCUGAGAGACUGUUGGCGUCGCUGCCGCUCCUCCAAAUUGACAAAUAAAACGCCCAAAGCAUAUACGCGAGAGUAACAAUGCGGACCACCACCGUUAAAGAGGUAAGGGGGGAUAGAUAGAGAAAAAAAAGAGAGAAAGAGAGAGAGAGAGAGGGUGGGGAGUGUACCAUUGUACCCCAGGACAAACAUUCUGUUUCCAAUUUAUUCUGUUUAGUAUAUUAUACGCUAGGAUGUUCCUUUUUUGAAAACUUCUUUACCAGUAAAAGAGCGCUGUUCUGCUUAUCCGACGUGAAACGUUUUUAUGGCGCUGCAUGAUCGUUUUUGAUCGUACCACGGGCUCCCGCGGGGGAUUUGUGACUGUAUAGGGUUAAUAUACUGAGCCUGGGUGUCGCGUAGCGAAUUUGUAUUGUUAUCAAAUUGUUCACGCAUUAUGCAUCGAAGUCGAAACAUGUGUUUAGAAUUUAUAUAGAAAAGGAAUAGAAGAAAUCAAUAAAGCGUUUGCUGCUGAAAGCAUAUCAGAACUAACCU